AUCAAAGAAGGUUUUCAAAAUGUUAAUGAAAAGAAAUUAUCAAAGGCCUUAUCUUUGUCAUCCAAAUUAGCAUCAACCUUCAACAUUGAUCCAGAUGAUGAAUUUCUUGAUGAUUUCUCUUGUUGGCUAUUACGCGAUGUGCUUUUACAAGGCCAUUUAUAUAUAACUAAAUCUUUCAUUUUGUUUUUUGCUUAUUUACCAAAAUUAACUAAAGAUUCCACUAUAUUUGAUGGUAAUUUAUCCACAAAGAGAAACUAUAAUUCAAAAUUAAAAUUAAAAUUAAUUUCUCAAAACCCAAUUUCUUCAAACAAUAGAUAUUGGUGUGUUUUAAAAAAUUCAACCUUUUCAACUUUCAAUAACUCUUCUGAUCUAUAUUUCCCUCUUCUAACAAUCGAUCUAAGAUAUGCAAUAAGAGUUGAAAUUAUUCCAAAUGCACCAAAUAUCGAAGAUGACCAAAAACCUUGUUGGUUUAGAAUUUUUACUGAAACAAAAACUUAUAAAUUUAAAGCUGACAAUCUGUACUCAGCAAGACAAUGGGUAGCUGCUUUGAAAAAACAAAUUUUCACAGCCAGAAAUAAAGGAGAUAUUGUAACUGUUAAAUUACCAAUUUCUAAUUUAAUUGAUUUAGAAGAAACUUCCAUUUUUGAAGAUUCAGAAACUAUUAGAUUGAAAGUAUUAGAAAAUUCAAAAACUUUUGCUGUUGAUGAUUACUUUUUUAUGUUUUUUCAUAAUGGUCAUAAUGUAAUAAAUUGUAUAAACCAAGCACUUUCUUUAAACAAUUUACCUAAUUUUGAAUUAAGUAGUGGUUCUACAGAAAGUUCACCUGUUAUUCUUUCUAAUUCUACAAUUGACGAUUUAAUCAGAUCUAAAAAUUUAUCAUCAAUUUUAUCAUCUUCAAGGCAAAUUAUACCAGUUGAAGAAAAAAUUCAAAGCUUAGUAAGCAUAAACAGAAGGCAGAGGGCAUUAGGUUUUAAUAUUAGUAUUGAUAUUGAUUCAGAUAACGAUAUCUGUAAUAGGGAUAAUAGAAAUGAAAUCUCUGAGAUUCUUAAUAGUGGAUAUGAAGAUAGUGAUGUUAAUGAGGUUGAGAGUAGCAAUGAGAAUGAUGAUUUAUUAACUCAUAAAAAUCGAUUUUUAGGAAAUACAGGUACAAAAGCCUUGCAGAUUAUUAAUCCCAAGAAUCUUGUUAAGAACAUGUUUGUGUUGAAUACUUUAUCAAAUGUGAGUGGAAUGUGGACAGCAGAACCAUCCCAUUAUGAAGAAAAAAAUUCUCUUGAAAGAGGACUUGAAGACGAAUAUUUUGUUGCUUCAGAAAUUGAAAGGAAAAAUAGCAUUAGAAGAUUUCAAAGUCACUUUUCAUUACCAGAAGGCGAAAAACUAAUUUCUACAUAUUAUGCACAUUUUCAAAGAAAUAUCCCUCUUUACGGUAAGAUAUACUUGGGGUCAAACGAGAUAUGUUUUCGAAGUUUAAUUCCAGGGACCAAUACCAAGAUGAUAUUACCAUUCAAUGACAUUGAAACAUGCUAUAAAGAAAAGGGAUUUCGAUUUGGAAUCGGAUACAGUGGGUUAGUUAUUGUUAUUCAUGCGCAUGAGGAAUUAUUUUUUGAAUUUAGCUCUUCAGAGAGUCGAGAUGAUUGCGAAACGUUGUUGUUGAAACAAAUUGAUUUAUUGAAGAAUUACAAUUAUCGAUUCAAUAAUUAUAGUUUUAUUAUUAAUAAUAAUAGCGGUAAAGAAGAAGAAGAUAUUAAAUUGGCCGAAUCAGUUAAUAAUCAAGCAGAAGCAGCCAGAAUCAAAUGUUUUGAGAACAAAUUGAACGAGGAGACUGGGUUUGAUCUACCGAUAAUUAUCGAAGACAAGAAAUUUAAAGAGAAAUUGAAACCUAAUAAAAAUAUGCAUUUUACAUUAUUAACGAUAGGGUCUAGAGGAGAUGUGCAACCAUAUUUGGCAUUAGGCAGGGGAUUGCUUAAGGAGGGCCAUAAGGUGCGAAUUGCUACACAUAAAGAAUUUGAAAAGGUUGUUUUAUCAAAUGGGAUAGAAUUUCGAGAGGUUUCAGGAGAUCCAACCAAAUUGAUGUCAUUUAUGGGAGACCAUGGAGGAAUCAGUGUUAGUUUUAUUAAAGAUGGAAAAGCAUUGUUUAGUAAUUGGAUUAAUGAGUUGUUAGAAUCGUCAUGGGAAGCGUGUCAAGGAACGGAUGUUUUAAUUGAGUCGCCAUCAGCAAUGGCAGGAAUUCAUAUUGCAGAAGCAUUAUGUAUACCAUAUUUCAGAGCGUUUACAAUGCCAUGGACGAGAACUCGGGCCUAUCCUCAUGCGUUUAUUGUGCCAGAACAAAAAAUGGGGGGCAGUUAUAACUAUUUAACACAUAUUAUAUUUGAAACAGUUUUUUGGAAGGGGAUUUCAGGGCAAGUUAAUAGAUGGAGAAAAGAAAGAUUGGGGCUUGAAAGGACAAAUUUGGAGUUGAUGCAGCAGAAUAAAGUGCCGUUUUUGUAUAACAUUUCACCAACAGUUUUCCCAUCACCAGUUGAUUUUUCGGACUGGGUUAAAGUGACAGGAUAUUGGUUUUUGAAUGAGGGAACGGAUUAUAUACCAACAGAAAAGUUGAAGAAGUUCAUUAAUAAGGCGCGAAGAGAUAAGAAAAAGCUUGUUUAUAUUGGAUUCGGAUCAAUAGUUGUGAAUGAUCCAAGGGAGUUGACUAGGGCAAUUGUUGAAGCAGUUGUCGACUCGGACGUGCGAUGCAUAUUGAACAAAGGAUGGUCAGGAAGAAACAGCGGCACGGCUGGGGAUGAGCGCAAAGAGGAAGAAGACGGCGAAGGAGAGGGAGAAGAAGAGGAAGCAUUGCCGGCAUGCAUCUACAGCUCUGGGUCUGUACCCCAUGACUGGUUGUUUUUCCAGGUGGAUGCAGCAGUUCAUCAUGGCGGUUCAGGGACCACGGGAGCCUCGUUGCGGGCGGGUUUGCCGACGGUGGUGAAGCCUUUUUUCGGAGAUCAGUUCUUCUACGGCAACCGGGUGGAGGACAUCGGAGUGGGAGUGAGCUUGAAGAAGUUGAAUUCCAGGACGUUGGGCAGGGCCAUCAGGGAAGUCACCACCAGCAAGAGAAUCAUCGAAAAGGCCAGAGCGAUUGGGGAAAAGAUACGCAAGGAAAACGGGGUGGAAACCGCCAUUGGCAUUAUCUACGGCGAGUUGGAUUACGCGAGGAACUUGAUUCUCGCCAAA